GAUAGAUAGAGAGAUAGCUAGAGAGAGAGAGAAUUAUAUUGAAGAAAAGCAUGAACUACAUUGCAAGGGAAGGAUCAAAGCCACAUGCUGUGAUGAUCCCUUUUCCGAUUCAGAGCCAUCUAAACAGCUUCCUCAAAUUAGCUAAAGUGCUUCACCAUAGAGGUUUUCACAUAACAUAUGUCAACACUGAAUACAACCAUAGACGCUUGCUCAACUCAAGGGGUCCUCAAGCCCUUGAUGGACUCUCAGAUUUUCGCUUUGAAACCAUCCCUGAUGGGCUUCCUCCUUCUCAAGCUGAUGCUACCCAACACCUACCUUCUCUUUGUGAAUCUACAGCACAAAAUUGCCUCGUCCCUUUCACAAAGCUUCUUGAAAAGCUUCAUGAAUCUGCCUCUAGAGGUCUUGUGCCACCAGUUACUUGUUUGAUUUCUGAUAUGGCUAUGACUUUCACAGUGAAAGCUGCUCAACAAACAAAAGUUCCUGUUGCCAUCUAUAGUGUAAUCAAUGCUUCUUCUUAUUUAGGCCUCUGGCAUGGUUGUGAUCUUCAUGAUAAGGGUGUCCUUCCCUUAGAUGAGAGAUACUUGACAAGUGGGCGCUUAGAUACUGAACUGGAUGGGCUUUCAGGCAUGAAGAACAUUAGACUAAGGGAUCUUCCAAGCUUUUUUAGCACACAAGAUCCAGAUAAUGAGUUUAUGAUGAACAUGACAAGACACAAUCUUAAAAAUGCUCAAGAUGCUCAAGCCAUGAUUUUCAACACAUUUAGUGAGCUUGAGAGUGAUGCGCUGAACACUUUAUCCUCCAUCUUCCCUCCUAUUUACACCAUAGGCCCUGUCCAUUUGCUUCUUUCUGAAAUUCAACUUAGCCAACACUUGGAAUCCAUUGGUACCAAUCUAUGGAAAGAACAAACCAUAUGCAUCAAUUGGCUAGAAUCCAGGAAACCUAAAUCCGUAGUUUAUGUAAAUUUUGGAAGCAUCACUAUUAUGUCUCCGGAACAACUGCAUGAGUUUGCCUGGGGUUUAGCUAAUAGCAAGAAACCCUUCUUAUGGAUCAUAAGGCCUGACCUCGUGAAUGGCGGCUCAGUAGUUCUAUCUCCUGAGUUUCUAAAUGAGACCAAGGAAAGAGGCUUCAUAGCUAGUUGGUGUGAACAAGAGAAAGUCUUGAACCACCCUUCAAUUGGAGGGUUCUUGACCCAUUGUGGGUGGAACUCCAUGUUGGAGAGCAUGUGUGCAGGGGUUCCAAUAGCUUGCUGGCCUUUCUAUGGAGACCAGCAAACUAAUUGUAGGUAUGCUUGUGCAGAAUGGGGGAUCGGGCUCGAGAUUGAUAAUAAUGUGAAGAGGGAUGUGGUGCAAAGGCUCGUGAAUGAGUUGAUGGAUGGAGAGAAGGGAAAGGAGAUGAUAAACAAGGUCAUGCAGUGGCAGAAAAUUGCAAUGGAAGCCAUUGCACCUGGUGGUUCUUCCAAUAUCAACGUGGAGAAAUUGAUAAACGAAUUCUUGAUCAAAAAGCAAAACUGAUGUGCUACUUCGAUUUUUUUCCGCAUAUUACUGUUUUUCUGCAUAUCUCUUUAAAAACACUGCAUGGUUGGAAUC